UAAGUUUGACAUCCGUAUAAAAUUGAAAGAAGCGCCAUCGGGAUUUGUGCAGUUUUAUGUUGAUAAUUUCUUUAGUGUAUUGAUUAGACGUGGAAAAUCAUUGUCAAAUACUAGUUUAUAAUAGCAUUCAAGUGCGUGUGCGAAAACAAUACAUUAUUAUCCAUUAUAGUGCCGUAAAUAAUUGUUUAAGUUUGUGACAGUUUGUUUUCAACCGUGGCGACUUUGCGAGGGAUUUCAGAAUAUUUGACAAUUUAAAAUGGCGGCCUCGUUUGAACUCAAAAUUGUAAGAGGGUUUUUGAUAUAUUUUGCGUGGUGUUGACCCAGAAAGUGUGGUUAAAGUUGCAGUGUAAAGUGAGAAAUAUAUUUACUUCAAGAUGGAUCACAAUUUGGACGACUCACUGAAUUUGGAUAGCGCUAUGGGAGUGGACUUUGAGCCUCCCGGAGAUGUUGUGGUCAGCCAAGCCGACAUCUCACUUGAUGCACACUCGCAUGAAGCCAACAUGCCAAUGGAGUUUGAAUCCAUUGAGGAGCAACCAAUGCUCAUGGACGCUGAGAGUGAACAAAUUAUUGGCUAUUCCGAUGACCAGUUAAAUCUUCAGGAUUUUCAGCAUGAUGAUGAUCACACUGGUGCCAACACAACUGUAGUCUCCAGUGAACAGCCUAUGUCGCAAGCGGAUUCAUUGCUGGACAUGCAGUUUGACCAGCAAGUAUUUACCUCCACAGCACCCGUUGAAAGCAAACCGCAGCAAGUGCAGCAGCCAAAGAUUAUUUCAGUCAAGGCUGCUCUACCGCAGCGCAUCGCAGCGAAGAAGGAGCCGGUGGUGGUGCACGCGAUGCCGCGGCAGGUGGCCAUCGCGCCGAAGCCGGUGGCGCGGUCGCUGGGGCUGAAGCCGCUGACGCCGGCCUCGGCGCGGCCGCCGCAGCUCGUCAAGAAGGUUUCCAUCGCCGGCGUCACGGCCGCUACGCAGGGGAAGACCGUUUUGGCUCAAAUAGGCAAGCAGCUGGUGAUGGUCCCCGGCACCAACCAGAAGAUCAAACUGGUGGCAGCCCCGAGUGGAGUUUCCAACAUACAGUACAUAAGAGCCAACCCAAAUGAUCAGGCCCAACUAAUUACUACCAAAAGCAUAUCUGGAGCAAAGCCAAUGCUAACAAAAUUCAUCAUACAAGGGCAGACGAGCGACCCGUCGAACCAGCCGGCGGUGAUCACGAAGCUGGUCUCGGCGGCGCCGCAGGCUCGCUUCGUCACCAUGACGCAGAAGACCGUGCCCAUCUCCAUGCCCAACAAGGUUCUCGUUGCAUCACCGACGAAACAGACGGUGCGGAUAACGAAAAAGCAACACAUCGUCGAGAUCAAAUCGCCCACCACCGCCAAACUCAUACCGACGUCACAAACAGGGGGCCCUAAGAAAGUGGUCAUUACGGCAACUCCUACACAAAACGUUAUUCUCAAAACUACCGCUCCGCCUAAAACUCCACAGGUCAAUAAGGACGGAAAUAUAACGGUCCAAGGUCAGAGAACUCAACUGCAUCAGAUUAACGUUCCAGGGAAAGGCAUCCAGUACAUCCGGCUGGUGACGAGCGGCGCGCACCCGGGCGCGGCGCCGGCGCGGCUCAAGCCGGCUGCGCCCAAGGCCGUCAUGCUCACCGACGCCAAAGGGAAUGUGCUUCAAAUGGCCGCCGAAAAGGUGCAAAGUGGACAACCCCCACCACUGGUCAUCUCCGGGUCCACUUCCUCCAUUAAUAUUAAUAAAUUGACGGCGCGGCCGCAGCAGAAGUUGGUGCGCAUCGCGCCCGUGGGGUCGGCGCCGGCGCUGGCUGCUACCCAGUCUACGAGCAGCGCGCGGCCCAUGCAGAGCCUGCUGGCGCCGCUGUCCCCCGCCCCGCCUCCCCCUCCCCCUCCCCCCGCCGCCCCCGCGCCGCCUCCCCCCGCCACCCCCGCGGCGCAGGACGAGGACGUCACGGACAGCAAGGCGGCGCUGCGCGACCUGCUGCGCGAGCCCCACCACCCCCACCACGACCCCGACCGGGACCGGGACCUGCACCCGCCGCAGAGCGCUGAAGUCGAGGUCGAGUUUGAGAGACAACGGAGUGAAGAAGAAUCCAGGUCCAACAGUCCCGAACCGACCCCAGAGUCCCUGGAGCCGCUUAUCGUCAUUCCCAACUAUCUCAAACAUCAGGAGAUACUACCAGAUGACUUCACUGUCAGGGACGAAAGGAACAGUUUCCACAACUUCGACAUGCAGUCCUUCAACUCGUACCAGGCACCGCCCACGCCGCAACCUGUCUCGGAGAGCGACCUAAUGUCAGCCGAGCUGGGGAUGCGGCCGCGCAAGGCGUGCAACUGCACCAAGUCGCAGUGCCUGAAGCUGUACUGCGACUGCUUCGCGAACGGCGAGUUCUGCCACCGCUGCAACUGCAACAACUGCCACAACAACCUCGAGAACGAGGAGCUGCGCCAGAAGGCCAUCCGCGGCUGUCUCGACAGGAACCCUAACGCCUUCAGGCCGAAGAUAGGCAAAGCGAAGAGCGGCGGUCCGGAGAUCGUGCGGCGCCACAACAAGGGCUGCAACUGCAAGCGCAGCGGCUGCCUCAAGAACUACUGCGAGUGUUACGAGGCGAAGAUCGCGUGCACGGCGAUGUGCAAGUGCGUGGGGUGCCGCAACGUGGAGGAGUCGCUGGCGCGCCGCCGCGACCGCUGCGACACCGUGUUCCGCCCGCAGGCGCUGCCCCACAUCAAUUUUAUGACGACGGAGGUGAUCGAGGCGGUGACGCAGUGCCUGAUCGCGGCCGCGGCCGAGCCCAGCAACACAGAGGUGGCGGUCGUCGACCCCGACCCGGUGCGUGACGUCAUCGACGAGUUCAGCCGCUGCCUGCAGGACAUCAUCAACGCGGCGCACCACUCCGCGCCCAUGCUGGACGAGAGUCGAGCGUGAUAUUCGAGAAGGGCGACGUAGUCGGAGCUAGCGGCCAUUUUAAAACGUGAUACUGUUUGUUAUUAGGAUAAGUGUGAGUGGACGCGAGUAAACUGUGAGGAUCGUGGUGUGAGUGCAUUAAACAUUACUAUAGACCGACAAGAAAUUGUAGAAAGUGGCAACAUCGUGUUGUCGUCCCUUUCAAAACAAUAUAAGAACGGGACGACACUAUGUUGUUGCCACUUUUUAAUUUCUUCAAUUUCUUGUCGGUCUAUAGUUUAGGCUACUAAUAUAGGCGAGCUACAGCCAGGCCGUUGACCACUAGUUGCGGUUCUAAACUAGCAGAAUUGAUAAUACCGGUUACAGAAACCUAUCGGUUUGGACGUACAUACUGUGUCUCAAGAUUAGAAGGUUGGCAUUGCACUUACCUGGAAGAUUAGGGUAAGGGUUAGUGCCCUUUUCCUCGCCGGGGGCGCAUUUGUACCGACCAAUCAUUACUGAAAUCUUAGAGGAUAUAACUAAACGGAGUAGCCUUUAACAGGCGUUCCCCUCUAUCGAAAAUAGGCGGCCAGUGGUCAUACACAAAUGUAUGGCUAUUAUUACGUUACGUAUACACUUGACGUGCCCCUCCUCUGCAUAAAUCGGCAGACUGUUUUGUACAGAAAAUUACAGACAAGGCGUCUUCGUUUGGUUAAGAUCCUCUAAGACAAUAAAGUGAACUAAUGAAAAUAAAACCUUUCCUGUAAGCCUGUAAGGGAGAUUUAUGUACCUAAAUGCAACGUUUUGAACUUUGCUUUACUUUUUAACUGAUACCAACAAAGCUUAUAAACGCGGCUGUUGUGAGUUUGUAAUCAGCCAAUGAACGAAUCAAUCAUGUAUAAAGAUAAAGUACGACUGGAUUAAAUCGCAUAAUUUUGAAUCAAAGUAUGUAUACAAGUUUAAAACUUCUGCUGAUUGCUUAGCGAUUGGGUUUUAUUGAUUGUCACUUGAAGACUGCUAUGGAAUUUUGUAGUGUAGACGCAAUGAAAUGCAUUAUUACUUGUAACUUUGUAAAUAUUAGUAAAAUAAAGCUGUAGGCAAAUAUCAGAUUUUUAUUUUGCAUUUUUAAUGUCUAUAAAAUAAACCUCAUCUUGAAUAUUAUGGAAUAUAAAUGAAUGUUUUGUAUAGGCCUGUUUGUAAAUACCUACUAGCGAUAAGAACUAUUUUAUACCUUUAGACUAAGGUAAUAAAUGUUUAUAGAAAUAAUAUAAUAAAUGCAAUGUUUAUAU